GCUAAACAUGUCGUCGCCGUCGUCUGAGGACGGCUGGAGCUCGUCGGGCUCCUCUUCCCGCUCGCGCUCCUCAUCGCCCUCGCGUUCUGCCUCGCCGUCGCCAUCGACGUCUGCAUCGGCCUCGGCGUCGGGCCCUGGAGCAGGCGAGCCUCGCAAGCGGCACGGCGAGAAGCUCCGCUACGAGCCGCCAGACCACUUUGUGCCCGCCGAUCUCACCUCGUACGAAGGCGAAGGCGGCACGGCUAGCGGCGCCGGGACGGAGCUGUGGGCCAUCAAGGUGCCCGCGUCGCUCGAUGUCGCCGCACUCGACGGCCUCUCUGUGCCCCUCGCCUCGCUCGAGGCCGGUCUCUCGCUCCCAGCGUCUGCCAUGGCGCGCAUCAAGGGUGCUGGCGGCCGGCGCUACACUCUGCGCAGCACGCGCGCCGCCGUCUCGGAUGCCCACGGCGCAGGCGCAGGCGCAGCAGCGCUGCAGGACGUCGAGAUGGCAUCGAUGCAUGUGCUCGAGCCUGCGCCGGAGAAGGGCCCGGGUCGGUAUGCGCUGAGCCGCCGCGGCAUCGACCGGACGCUGCACUUCACCCUCGAUGUCGGGCAUGAUAGCGACGACGAUGCUGCACAACGGCAGCAGAGCAGCAAACGCAAGCGGGAGCAGCCAUGGGACCGGCUCACGGGCUACUUCCACCCGGCCGGCUCGUCGCUCAGCACUGCGCUCGAGAGUGAAAAGGAGCAGCAGCAGCAGCAGGCGCGGCCACCCGACUCGCAGACAUCCACCUCGUCAUCGCCGCGCAAGAAAAAGGCGAGAAAGUCCAAGGAGCAAUGAUGGUACUAGCAAAUGACAAUUGAGAGAGCAAUUUGUAGAGUAGUAGAGUAGAGUAGCAGCAGCAAUCAAUGAUGAUAGAUCAG